GUCCUAGCAUCGACUCAGCCCGCGCGCCCAGACGCUACGCGGCGCGGCGCGCGACACCACAGCUGGCGGCGGCGUGCAGCUGUCGCAUAGUCGAGCAACUGACGCCCGGUCGUGCAGCUUUCGCAUAGUCGUGCAGCUGUCGCUUUGUACAACUGACGCUCGAUCGUGCAACUGUCGCCCAGUCGUGCAACUGACGCUCGGUCGUGCAACUGACGCCCGGUGUUGCAGCUGUCACUUAGUCGUGCAACUGACGCCCGGUGUUGCAGCUGUCACUUAGUCGUGCAACUGUCGCCCAGUCGUGCAACUGACGCUCGGUCGUGCAACUGACGCCCGGUGUUGCAGCUGUCACUUAGUCGUGCAACUGACGCCCGGUCCUUUAAAACCAUCACUUGGUCGUGCAACUGACGUCGCAGCCUACGCGUCACUUCGUUAGCGCACCACGUCUUGGAACUGUUCAGUGCGACUGAUUGCAAGUGCCGCCCACGCCUGGUGCGGCUUCAAUUAAAGAAAUCGUUUCCCGCAGCGUGGGGUGUUAAUAUUAAAAUUUUUUCUGUGGUAUUUGAUUCGCGUCCAGCGGAGGAAGUGUCUGCAACCAUCAUCGGAACGAGAAAAAGCUGCGCCUGUCUGCCAUGGCGCGCAGCGGCGCUCUGCUCCACCUGCCCAGGUGCAUGGCCAUCGACAUAGAGUUCAGCGACGUCACCUACCACGUGGAGCAGUCCGGCUCGCCAGGAAGGAAGAAGAUUCUACACGAAAUCAGUGGGAAGUUCCUGUCCGGGGAGCUGACUGCAAUCAUGGGGCCAUCCGGGGCAGGGAAGUCGUCUUUCCUGAACAUCUUAACCGGGUUCCGGACGACUGGCGCCGGCGGCACAGUGAGAUGCGGCGAUCAAGGGGCGCAGGCGUUCCGCGAGCGGUCCCGCUACAUCAUGCAGGACGACGAGCUGUGCCCCUUGUUCACCGUGCAGGAGAUCAUGCGCGUGGCGGCCAGCUGCAAGCUGGGCCGCCAGCACUCCGCCAAGACUAGGCAGCUGGUGGUAGACGAUAUCUUGGAGGCAAUGGGCCUAGAGAACACCAAAGAAACUGCUUGUGGAAAAUUAUCUGGAGGCCAGAAGAAGAGACUGUCAAUUGCCUUGGAGCUGAUUGACAACCCGCCAGUUUUAUUCCUGGACGAGCCCACAAGCGGCCUGGACAGCUCGUCCUCGCUGCAAGUGGUCUCCCUGCUGAAGACGCUGGCCAGGGGAGGUCGCACCAUCGUGUGCACCAUCCACCAGCCGUGCUCCAAGGCGCUCGGCAUGUUCGACCACGUGUACGUCAUCGCCGAGGGUCGCUGCGUCUACCAGGGCUCCAGCGACAACAUCGUGCCCUACCUCGGCUCGCUGGGGCUGGACUGCCCGCGGUACCACAACCCGGCCGACUUCGUGAUCGAAGUCGCAUCUGGAGAACAAAGACACGUCUUAAACGAACUAGCAGAAGCUGCAAAUAACGAUUUUUGGAGGAAGCCUUACGAAUCUAUUCCGGUUUUAGAAAUAGAGCUGGGAGGAGACAAGAAGAGCUGCUGCGAGUCUGCUGUGGAGAAGUUCAAGUUUGACGCGAGGCCGCCGUCAGAGUUGGAGAAGUUCCCCGUGCUGAUGAACCGCUGCUUCAUACAACUGUACAGAGACUGGACGGUUACGCACUUGAAAUGUAUAAUGCACGUGGUUGUUGGCGUUCUCGUGGGCUGCAACUACCAGAACAUGGGCUCCGACGCUUCCAAGACGGUCAGCAACUUCGCUUACUACAUGUGCACAAUAACCUACCUCAUAUUCUCAUCCAUGAUGCCGUCCAUCCUCAGAUUUCCGAGUGAAAUGUCGGUAUUAAAGAAGGAGAAAUUAAACAGAUGGUACUGCCUGAGGACGUACUACUUGGCUGUUCUUAUCAGCAGCAUACCUGUACAGGUGAUGUUCUGUGCCGUCCACAUCUCCGUGACGUACCUGCUGACGGCCCAGCCGCUCUGCUGGUCGCGGUUCACCAUGUUCCUGCUGACGUGCAUCGUCACCACGCUGGUCGGCGACAGCAUCGGCCUUCUCUUCGGGACCCUGUUCAACCCUGUGAACGGCACAUUCCUGGGCUCGGUGGUGCUGUGCUUCAUGCUGCUAUUCGGCGGCUUCCUCUGCCUUAUCAGCGAUAUGCCGCACUUCAUACGCUGGAUGUCCUACCUGAGCACAUUCCGCUACUCAGCGGCGGGGAUGGCACUCAGCGCAUACGACUUCGGCCGGACGACCGUGCCCUGUCCCGCCUCCGAGGUUUACUGCCACCUGCGCGAGCCUCGCGUCAUUCUGCGCACCUUCAGCGCUGAAGAGGGCGAAUACUGGUUCAACAUGGGUGUGCUGAUCGCUUUCCUCGUCUUCUUCCGUGCCACCGGCUUCUUCUCGCUCCGCAUGCGCGUCAAGUCCAGUUAGGAGAGCCACUACUGACUCACCGUGGGCGUACUGGUCGUCUUCCUCCUCUUCUUCCAUGUCACAUCCUUCUUCUCUCUCCGCAUGUGCGCCAAGUCCAGCUAGGAGAGCCACUACUGACUCGCCGUGGGCGUACUGGUCGUCUUCCUCCUCUUCUUCCAUGUCACAUCCUUCUUCUCUCUCCGCAUGUGCGUCAAGUCCAGCUAGGAGAGCCACUACUGACUCGCCGUGGGCGUACUGGUCGUCUUCCUCCUCUUCUUCCAUGUCACAUCCUUCUUAUCGCUCCGCAUGCGCGUCAAGUCCAGCUAGGAGAGCCACUAGUGACUCACCGUGGGCGUACUGGUCGUCUUCCUCCUCUUCUUCCAUGUCACAUCCUUCUUCUCUCUCCGCAUGUGCGUCAAGUCCAGCUAGGAGAGCCACUACUGACUCGCCGUGGGCGUACUGGUCGUCUUCCUCCUCUUCUUCCAUGUCACAUCCUUCUUAUCGCUCCGCAUGCACGUCAAGUCCAGCUAGGAGAGCCACUAGUGACUCACCGUGGGCGUACUGGUCGUCUUCCUCCUCUUCUUCCAUUUCACGUCCUUCUUCUCGCUCCGCAUGCGCAUGAAGUCUAGCUAGGAGGGCCAUUAGUAACUAAACGUGGGAGUGCUGGGCGCCUUAAUAGUUGUCUCCCGCCACACAGACUUAUUCUUCCUCCACAAGCGCAUAAUGUGUGUUAAGUUAAAAUAAGAGAGUGCGUUAAAUUCAUGUAGAGGUUGUGCUGGUCGCCUUCCUCGUCUUCUUCUGCGCUAACGUUAUAUUGUCCCUCUACCAGCGUAUCAAGUCUAGCUAAUUCAAAGUAGAAUAGCACAUCAAGUCCAAGCAUUAAUUCCAGCAAGUCAAGCUAACGGGAUGCCUCAAGUUAAGAUAGGUAUGAUGAGUUAAUUAUAUCACAGUGUUUAUUUCAAGCCCACUAACGAGAUAUGUCAAUGUAAGCUACGGGAGCAUGUCAAGUGAAGCAUAUGGGACGAAUAAAGCAAGCUAGGUGGGAUGUGUUAAUUACAGCACAGUUUACAUGUCAAGCCAGCUAACGGGAUUUGUCAAGGUAAGCUAAGGGAGCAUGUCAAGUGAAGCAUAUGGGACUACUAAAGUGUUAAUUACAGUAAGGUGUAGCCUACAUGUCAUGUAUAGCAAACGAGACGCGUCAAUUUAUGUUAUGUGGACACAUCAAAUUCAAAUUCUCGUGUGUUGGUGCCACAAUUAUACAUGAAGGGGACUUAUAUUCGUAUUCCAUGCACGCCUCCUACAUUGGAAUGCAAAAAAAUAAAAUGAAAUUUAUAAGAAAAUUAUUUUCAACAUCAAUCCACAGUAAAAUUAUGUGUUUUGAAUUUUUUGUCGCUUGAUUUCAGACCCUAUAUGUCAGGAAUUUUUUUUCACACAUACUGUAAUAGUUUUUAUUUUAUUUUUGUGUCAAAAAUAUACUCGCGCUUUGUUUAAAAUUGGUACCAUAAUCACAAUGUAAUAAACUUGUCUCAUUUAACUUAAGUGUUAUAAUUCAAAAUGUUUCAAUGUUCGGAUUAUUUUUUUACAGUUAUGUUCAAUGACAAACUGUUCAGUGUUAAGUCCAAAAGUUUUAGUUGAAGUGAAUUUGUUUUCGGUACUUGUAUGUUUUUCAUAAGUAUGAAUAAAAAAAAUAUUUUACAUGAAUUUGGCAAACAUAAUUAAAAUUACUUACUUUUAGCUAAUUUUGCUUAGCAUCAACAUAAAUGGUCAACAAAUAGAACUAACUUCAGCCUACUGAAAUUUAGGUUUGUUUUCACAUCUGGUGAAAACUUACUUACUCGUGCAAGCGAAGUUCUUGUUCACCACAUGUGUCUGCCUCAGAUAUGCUUUUGCUUUUGGAAAGAUCAUCCAGUUGUUCAGCGCAAAAAAAAAAAAAUAGGACGGGGGAUAAGCAUGAGUAGUAUAAAAAAUGUACAGAAAAAAAUAUAAAAUUCAUUUAUGUUUGGAAAAUCAGGUUUGAUAUCGUUACUCAUAAAUAUUUUUGUCAUAAAGUACGCUUAUUGUUGCUUUAAGUACAAUGUGCAACAAAACGAAAUCAUAAACCAAAUUAUUACGGAAACACUUGAUUUUUUUUUCCUGUGCUAGUUCAUCUCACCAAGGCUGACAAAUUUUGGACGACAUAGUUCAACAUUGGUUUACAAUUCGCAUGGAGAUACCAGUCCAUGGUGGCUUUACUGCGUGCUCUUCUUGCUGUGCAGACGCGUAGAGUGUUAGCUGAUAUAUUAGUACUACGCCUUGAAGAUUUGAUCUUUCCUAUCGUAAAUAUAUUAGCUUAUAUCAGCUCUUCACUUAUGUUGCACUGGUCAUUAUUCGAUUCAAACCAUCAGAGGAUUAAUUUAAUGUACAGUGCAUAGUUAUAACAUAAAAAUUAUUGAAGAACAAAUAAUUUCCCCUAAAAAAUUUAUUAUUUACAGUUUCUGUCGAAAAAUCGCGGGUUUUAAUUAUUUUCGGAAACUCAAAACAAAAACCUCUACCUAAUAUUUUUUUCAGUAACUUGUGGGUUAUUUAUAGCUCGGUAGUAUUCGGGUUUUUCCCCUUCAAAUUAGUAAAAAUUAGCAAAGUUUUCGGAAGAUGCACAGAAGAAAUGAGUGAUUGUGAUUUUUCAUCCUUGUUUAAUGUUUUGAAGGUGACUGAUCUCUUAUGUACCAUUAUAAACUGCAGCAUACGGAAAUGUUGUUAUUUGCUGUUGGAGUGUUGUAUAACUAUAUUCAAACAACAUUAUUAAAUUUAAAGUAAAUUUACUUUCAUUGUUUGGAAUUGUUUGAUCCUUGUUAAAGUAAAAUGAAAGUGAUUCCUAUCUAAUAUAACUUGUUCAAAAAUGUUUUUAUACCAUCACUUUUAUUCAAGAAUUUUCUUUAAUUUGUCAAAUUAAACUAUGUGUUUAAAUAAUUGUAACCGCGAAUUAAGUUGAUGACUUUUUGUUUCAUAACUUUUUAUUAAGUUAAGUACUUUUUAAAUAACUACAUUGUUUUAAAUUCUUUGAGAACGUUAACAAGUAGUAGUAUUUUAUUUAGCUUAUUACGUACUAUUGCGUGUUUGUCAUCUAAGACAUUUGUAGCUACAAAUAUUCUUGAGAUUUAAAAUAAUAUUAAAUUGUUAUUGCUGUCAUUAUCCCUGGCGAGUUAAAUAUUAUUUUUAUGUAAAGAUUAAUUUAAGCGUAGUUUAUUCUAGUGUACGAAAAUCAUAAGCAAUUUGUUUUUGCUAAAAAUUCAGAGUUUAUAUAUUACACUAGCAAAAAUUCUCGCUGUAAAUAUUUGUGCUAGAAUAUAAAUGGACUUUAUAAAGUUUAUUGUUUAUUUGUAGUCGUAUAUUAAGGUGCAUAUAUAAUUAUCUCAUCAAGGAGCUUUGCUUCCAAAGAUUGAAUCUUGUGAAUUUUUUUAAAAUAAUUUUGUAAAUUGUUUCACUGUAUGUUACUUGCUCACAAACAACUCUGAGUACAAUGAAGUUAUUUCUGCUAUACGCUAAGCGUACCAGAAUCAAACAACAAAAAAUAAUUGUAUAGGUAGUAGUUCGUAUUUUAUUAAAAGUGUUUUUGUUUUAUUUAGAUUCAAUAGUCAAUGUUAAAAGUAAAAGAAUAUAUAUGUAAUUUUAGUUCAUUUUAUUAAUCUGUGUAGCCAGUAUUUAUAAGUAUUAAGAUUUUAUAUUCCUUUUAAGUAUUAUUAUUACUAAUAGUAUUUGAGAAAUAUUCUUCUGUGCGGGAAAAUCGUGUUCCUAUGUGACUUCACAAUUAAUUUUU